UCGCAGGUGCGAUUUAGCAUGCCAGAACAGAAAUCCAAUCAAAGUGCAUAAAAAAACACGAAGUGCAGCAAAGGUCGUAAAGAGAAAACAUCGAAAUAAAUUAAUUAAGAUGUAAAGCGUAGUCUUAGCCUCGCUCCCAACGCAACAAAACCAAAGAGGCCCUCACUGAAUCCUCCUCGCACAGACCUUUAUCUUAACCCAACCCAAACUAAGCCCGCAAGCAUUAGAAGUAUGACUGCCAAUAGUUUGCUGGGGCGCUCCUUGCUCAAUGAAGGACGUUCCAACAAGCGCUCAUUCGUCUCGCUUAUCAUUGGCCUCAUUGUAGGCUUCUGUCUAUCGUCACUGUUUGUUUACUCCUCCACGCAGCAGCGUGGAGAAUACCUGCCAUAUGAGGGCCAUAGACAUGGCGACGUCAACGAUGCCCAUCACAGUCACGACAUGAUCGAGCUCUCCGGCCCCGAACAAGAUGUGGGCACGCAUGAGCAUGCGCAUGAGAACACCACCGUGGCCGAGAAGCUCUACAACGAGGUGCGCAUACUCUGCUGGAUUAUGACCAACCCGAGCAACCAUCAGAAGAAGGCGCGGCAUGUGAAACGCACCUGGGGCAAGCGUUGCAAUAAGCUGCUCUUUAUGAGCUCUGCCAAGGAUGAGGAGCUAAACGCUAUCGCCCUGCCAAUCGGUGAGGGCCGCAACAAUCUGUGGGGCAAGACCAAGGAGGCGUAUAAGUACAUAUACGAGCAUCACAUAAACGACGCUGAUUGGUUCCUAAAAGCAGAUGACGAUACCUAUACGAUCGUGGAGAAUAUGCGCUAUAUGCUCUAUCCCUAUAAUCCCGAGACACCAGUCUAUUUUGGCUGCAAGUUUAAGCCGUAUGUGAAACAGGGUUACAUGUCCGGUGGUGCUGGCUAUGUGCUCAGCCGUGAAGCAGUGCGUCGCUUUGUCGUCGAAGCUCUGCCCAAUCCUAAACUAUGCAAGAAGGACAACACGGGUGCCGAAGAUGUGGAGAUGGGCAAGUGUUUGGAAAAUGUCAAAGUGCUAGCAGGCGAUUCUCGUGAUACCAAUGGGCGAGGUCGAUUCUUUCCCUUUGUGCCCGAGCAUCAUUUGAUACCAUCACAUACGGAUAAAAAGUUCUGGUACUGGCAGUACAUAUUUUAUAAGACAAAUGAGGGUCUGGACUGUUGCUCGGACAAUGCCAUAUCGUUCCACUAUGUUUCGCCUAACCAAAUGUAUGUGCUGGACUAUUUAAUAUAUCAUCUUCGCCCAUAUGGCAUUAUUAACACACCAGAUGCCUUACCAAACAAGCUGGCACUGGGUGAACUGAUGCCAGCUCCCAAGGAGCCAGCGGAAACAAGUGACAGCACCACACAGUGAUUGCUGGAUACUAUAACUUGUAUAUAGUCCAACAUUAAAAUGUAAAUAUUGCACUAAGCAUAACCCACCCUUUUGCCAUUUUUCAUUGAA